AUGGCGACGCCACCGGUUGUUAACUUUAUCACUGGCAACGCCAAUAAGUUGCGCGAGGUCAAGGCCAUCCUCGAACCGGCCAUCGUCGUGCAAAGUCAAGCGAUAGAUUUGGAUGAAGUCCAAGGCACUGUUGAAGAGGUCACGAUCGCGAAGUGCCGUAAGGCUGCAGACACGGUUCAGGGUCCUGUUCUAGUCGAGGACACAUGUCUUUGUUUCAAGGCUCUCAACGACCUCCCUGGUCCCUACAUGUAG